UAUUUAAACACCUGCAAAAAAAUAGAUAUGAUGAAUUGGUCUGGUUAUGGUUGUGGAGUUUGUCUUGCGUACGUAGAGCUGGAUUAUAGUGGUGACAGCAAAAUUGCAAUUGCAGCUGACAAGUUCCCUGUUUUGUAUGUCAGUUAUAUUUGUGGCGUUUGUUAUUUAUGCAUGGGCGGAGCUCUGUCGGUAGCUGUUUUUUUUAGUGUCGAGUGGUAGCAUGUAUGCUGACUGUUAUGAAUUUGUUCGUUUCGCAGGGUGAGGCUCAGGAAAGUACCUGAUGAGAGGGACAUGAACCCCGACAGGAAAACGGCACUUGAGUUGUCUAUCCGUGCUUAUGCCGAAAAAUGUGAAGGGCAUGUCAUCAAUCCAAAAAUUGGCACGGAGUUUGACUCGCUGGAUGAGGCGUAUGAGUUCUACAACCUAUAUUCAUGGGAGACUGGGUUUGGUAUACGGCUGGCAAAGAGCAGGCUCAACCGUGCAAAGAACAAGAUGUAUGCAAGAGAUUGUCUGUGCAUGUGCGCUACGUGUGUGGAAAAAAAGGGUCCCCAUUGAAGGAGAACAACCGUUCUUCGAGGUGUGGUUGCAGUGCAAUGAUAAGGCUGCUCCGAUCAAAGGAUGCCGGGUGGUACAUAUCAGAGCACAAAGCAGGGCACAACCAUCCGCUUUCCGUUACGUGUGGCCAGAAAAUGCAUUGUAAGUCACAUAGGCAUAUAGACAGAUAUACCAAAGAUCUUGUGAAGCAGCUUAGGGAUAAUAAUGUUGCCCUCGGGAAGGUUUUCAGCAUUGUUGGUAGCUUCUUUGGUGUCGCGGAGAAUGUGCCUUUUACAAAGAGGUCGUUGAAGACAUUAUGCAAGAAGCUCAACAAGGAGCAGUCAGAUUUUGAUGCUGUCAAGACGAUGAACUUGCUUGGGGAGAUGAAAGCUAAUGAUCCAGAUUUCAACUACACCGUGUAGGUCAACGAGGAGAGCCGCAUAAAGACACUUAUGUGGGUGACGAGUAGGGGGUGCGAUCAGUACAGGUGUUUCGGAGAUGCAAUAACAUUUGACACCACCUAUAGGACAAACUUGUAUGAUAUGCCGUUUGGUCUGUUUGUCGGCGUCAACAACCACUUCCAGAGCAUAAUUUUCGGGGGAGCGAUGAUGAGAGACGAGAAAGAGGAAACAUUCAAGUGGAUAUUCAAGGAGUUUGUCUGUAUGGUGGGUGGGAAACACCCACAGACAAUACUUACAGGUUGGUGUGCCGGCACGUGAGUGUGGUUUUCGUAACUUAUUGAUGCGAUGAUUUCCUUGUACAUUUCUCGUUGUCCGAUCAUUUCCCCGUUUUGUUUUGUUGGGUUACAAAUGUAGAUCAGGCACGCUCCAUGGAGCUGGCAAUCGAAGCAGAGCUGCCCAAUACCGUGCACCGCUGGUGCAAAUGGCAUGUUUUGAAAAAGGCGAAGGAGUCCAUGGGCGUUCUUUGGAGCAAGAACAGCGACUUCAAACUGGAAUUUCACAAGCAUGUCCAUCACAUGAUCACGGAAGAAGAGUUUGAGGAGGGCUGGAGCCAGAUGCUGGAUAAAUACUCCUUGAAGAAACAUCCAUUCUUAACGCAGAUAUAUGAGGUCAGGCAUAAAUGGGCAAAGCCAUAUUUCAGAGGGGUGUUCUGUGCCAGGAUGACAAGCACUCAACGGAGCGAGAGCGCCAACCAUCUGUUGAAAGGUUACAUGCUGCGAGGGUGCCCAAUGCAUCUGUUUCUUAAGCAAUUCCAGAAACUGCAAUUUGACAGAGAGGCGGAGGAGAGUUUCCAGGAGAAGAGGACAUCCUGGUGAGUGUGUUGGGUUUUUUUUUCAACGUCAUUAUGGUUCUUCCGUUG